CCAAACAACACCUUAAUUCAUGGACUUGGUUCAAGCACCACCAUCUUUCUAACUGGUUUUCUUUCAUCAUUUCUCCUCUUCCCCCCUUCAUAACAUAUAAAAAAAAUCUUUUCUUUCUCUUCUUCAUUCCAUCCAUACAUAUUUUUCUUUCUAUUUAUAUUACUUCUGGGUUUUACAUAACUGAUAAACCUUAUAACCCAGCUUCAACUAUGGCUUCUACUUCAAAUUCAACACUCUCAUCUAAAUUCUUGGGCACCCAAUUAGUCCUUCUCUCUCCUCCAACUCCAAAAACAUCAUCUUCCUUGCCUUCUCUCUCUAGAAAAAAAAUGAUUUUGACCCAAACAGCCCUUAACAACAAAAUCAAGAAACCCAACUCAGCUCUUCAAGAUUUAUCAACAAAUGCCACUUUAGCUACCUUACUGCUCUCUUCAAUUUCCCCACAAGCUCUUGCUUUGAACGACACCGUUUCACCGCCAUCCCCAGCUCCUUCAACCACAGUUCUUGAAGCUGAAAAUCCAGUAAAGUCUUCACCUUUUUCACAGACCCUUUCUUUAAAUGCGCCUGUUACUAAAGGGGCCUCUUCUGAUUUGCCUGAGGGGACUCAGUGGAGGUACAGUGAGUUCUUGAAUGCUGUGAAAAAGGGUAAAGUUGAGAGAGUCAGGUUUAAUAAAGAAGGUGGGGUUCUUCAAUUGACUGCUGUUGAUGGUCGUAGAGCUAGUGUUGUUGUGCCUAAUGAUCCUGAUCUUGUUGACAUUUUGGCUAUGAAUGGUGUCGAUAUUUCGGUUUCGGAAGGGGAGUCUAGUAAUGGGUUGGUUGGGUUUAUUGGGAAUUUGUUGUUUCCUGUCAUUGCUUUUGCUGGACUUUUCUUUUUGUUUAGGAGAGGUCAGGGGGGACCUGGGGGACCUGGUGGAUUAGGGGGUCCUAUGGACUUUGGUAGGUCGAAAUCGAAAUUUCAGGAGGUUCCAGAAACUGGUGUUACUUUUGCUGAUGUUGCAGGGGCUGAUCAGGCUAAAUUGGAGUUACAGGAAGUGGUUGAUUUUUUGAAGAAUCCCGAUAAGUACACUGCUUUGGGAGCUAAGAUUCCUAAAGGGUGUCUUUUGGUUGGGCCUCCAGGGACGGGGAAGACUCUUUUGGCUAGGGCGGUUGCAGGUGAGGCUGGCACACCAUUUUUUUCGUGUGCUGCUUCUGAGUUUGUGGAAUUGUUCGUUGGUGUUGGUGCGUCGAGAGUUAGGGAUUUGUUUGAGAAGGCCAAGGCGAAAGCGCCUUGCAUUGUGUUUAUUGAUGAGAUUGAUGCUGUGGGGAGACAAAGAGGAGCUGGAAUGGGAGGUGGAAAUGAUGAGCGGGAGCAGACUAUUAAUCAGCUGUUGACCGAAAUGGAUGGGUUUUCUGGUAAUUCUGGGGUUAUUGUGUUGGCUGCGACAAACAGACCUGAUGUUCUUGAUUCCGCAUUGCUAAGGCCAGGAAGGUUUGAUAGACAAGUUACGGUGGAUAGGCCUGAUGUUGCUGGCAGAGUCAAGAUCCUUCAGGUGCACUCAAGAGGAAAGUCAUUAGCAAAGGAUGUGGAUUUUGAUAAGAUUGCAAGAAGAACACCAGGUUUCACAGGAGCUGAUUUACAGAACUUGAUGAAUGAAGCUGCCAUUCUAGCAGCCAGACGGGACCUUAAGGAAAUUAGCAAAGAUGAAAUAGCUGAUGCUUUGGAGAGGAUAAUUGCUGGGCCAGAGAAGAAAAAUGCUGUGGUCUCGGAAGAGAAAAAGAAAUUGGUUGCUUACCAUGAGGCUGGUCACGCUUUGGUUGGCGCACUUAUGCCUGAAUAUGAUCCAGUAGCCAAAAUCUCUAUUAUUCCUCGAGGACAAGCUGGUGGCCUUACCUUUUUCGCUCCAAGUGAAGAGAGGCUUGAAUCUGGCUUAUAUAGCAGAAGUUACCUUGAGAAUCAGAUGGCAGUUGCCCUUGGUGGAAGGGUUGCUGAAGAGGUUAUUUUUGGCAAAGAGAAUGUAACAACAGGGGCGUCAAACGACUUUAUGCAAGUAUCACGGGUUGCACGCCAGAUGGUUGAGAGAUUUGGGUUCAGCAAAAAGAUAGGUCAAGUAGCUGUAGGUGGAGCUGGGGGAAAUCCCUUCUUAGGACAACAGAUGUCUUCUCAAAAAGAUUACUCUAUGGCGACUGCUGACAUCGUGGAUUCAGAAGUGAGAGAGCUUGUCGAGAAGGCAUACGCUAGGGCCACUGAGAUCGUCAACACACACAUUGACAUACUUCACAAACUUGCUCAACUCCUUAUAGAGAAGGAAAGUGUUGACGGAGAAGAGUUCAUGAGCCUUUUCAUUGACGGCAAGGCUGAGCUCUAUGUUGCAUAAUUCGAGCUUGUCCAUAACACCUCCAGAUGCCGAUGCAUGCACUAGAAAACAGUUUGUCCCUGAACAAAUACAGUAAAAAAACCAUUGUAUGUACAUGAGUAUUGUAUCUAAAACCAAAUCUUCAGUGAACAAAGCUAGUGAAAGUAUAUAGUAAUUUUACACUAAA